AUGGGUGGAAUAGGCUGUGCCUCUUCCUUGCUCUGGUUUCUUCUUGUCUAUGAGGACCCUGUGAAUCAUCCGUUUAUCAGCACUGGUGAGAAGGAAUACAUCCUGGCUUCCCUGGCUGAACAGGGCAGUUCUCCAGCCUGGUCUGUUCCCUUUAAGGCUAUGAUUAAAUCCCUGCCACUGUGGGCCAUUUUAGUGUCUGCAUUUUCUAUAUACUGGCGUAAUUGUAUCAUAAUAACAUACACACCAACAUACUUCAACACUGUACUUGAAGCUAACUUCAGAAAUAGUGGGGUCAUGUCAGCUCUGCCGGUAUGUGUUGCCUUUCCCACCUUUAUCCUUGGAGGUCAACUCGCUGGUUUUCUCCACUCCAGAAAUAUCCUUAGACUCAACACUAUCAGGAAACUCUUUACUGCCUUAGGGGUUCUUGUCCCAUGUGGACUCCACCUGCUCCUGCCCUGGGUGAGAUCCAGCCAAAGCACCACCCUUGCCAUCUUGGUAGUGUCUCCCAUCUUCCGCAACUUGUGUGAAGUAGGAGUUCUUCUCAACAUGGUGGAUAUUGCUCCUCGGUAUAGUGCCUUUCUCAGGGGACUAUCGCAAGUAUUUUCUUCCUUAGCUGGAGCCAUCUCGACUACCAUCACUGGCUAUUUCAUAAAUCAGGACUCUGAGCAUGCCUGGAGAAACGUCUUCUUCGUUGCAGCUGCUGUGGACAUAGCAGGCCUGGUCAUCUACCUCAUCCUGGGAAGAGCCGAAGUCCAAGAUUGGGCAUAG